AUGAUCGAUCGUAGGAGAUUUUGGAUGAGAUCGAUAAUCUUCGAGAUCAGCAUCGGGAACGCGGGCAACACGCAAUUCGGGCAUAGCCAAUGCUUCGAGAACGAGGAAGAUAAGGAAGGAAACCAGACGCCGGAUCGGAGGCCGGAGUUCGAGAGUCAGACCAUGCCGCGAUACACUGGGACGCUGGACGGGAAAUAUAAUUAUGUGCCUCUUGGAUCGCGAAAACCCUGCCUCUACGUUAAGUCCUGGUGGCCGAAUCUCGAGUGGCGGAUGCAUAACAGUAAUUAUUUGACUUUCAUCGCUAAUUUCCUGGAGGAGAAGUUGGAGAAACUGGAAGGCAUGGUCGCACUCGAGAGCGCUGAUGCUUACAUAUUCUACAACGCGAUGAUUCGUGACUUGAACAACCAUUGCAUCCGCUAUUUGGAUAUGUUGAACACUGGACGAUACGACGUCAAGGGCGGCACCACGAAACUCGAUCGGUAUCGCGUGAAUUUCUGCCGUAACGAGAUCGAGAACAUUCUGAAGAGGAUCAAGAUGACCGGCCAACUUCCAAACAACAAUUACAUCAGGAUCGCUAUGGUGCAUGGAUACCAAUAUCUCGGCAAACUGAAGAAGCUACGAGAAGAUCCUCAGCACAGUCUCCCGGACGUUUUCAUUUGGAUGAUAACCGGGUCGAAGCGGCGGGUGGCGUACGCCCGAUUUCCAGCCGAAAAAAUUAUUUACUCAGAGGAAGCGGCGGAGAAGGGAACGCUUUGCGGCCGCCGAAUGGACGUGUUUUUGAGAAAUCCAUGGGACAAGGAGGAGGCAGAUUAUAUGGCCUGCAAGCUUGAAAUUUUCCUCUGGCUUGGAAACGCUGAUUAUGUCGCUUUUGCAACCAUUCACAUCCCCAAAACAGAGACUGAACAGACUGCUAACUUUUGUCUGUUCUUCAUCAUUGUUCUUAUGUUACUUACAGCUGCCUGUUGGUCCUCUAUGCCUCCUGGUUACAACGUGAAUCACGAGCAAACUAUCUACACGUUCCCGAAAUAUUUGGAGUACACUCAUUCCACGGUUGUUAAGCAGACUCUGGACCCGUUCUGGGAUCAAACUUUGAUAUUGCCGCCGAGAACCGUGCACGGAUCGAAAGAGUACAUUAAAUUAAACCCACCUAUAAUUAUAUUGGAGGUGUACGACUUGGACAUAUGCGGCAUAAAGGAGUUCUGCGGAAGAUGCACGGCGAUUCCAUUAGUUAAACUAGCGGAGGAAACUUACUCCCCGCCCGAUUUCCCCCCGAAACUUGGGUGGUACAAAUUUAAAUCUCAAAGGGAUUUCUCUGGGUCGGUGCUCGCCGCCUUCGAGCUCAUAGAGGUAAAGGAAGAGGACGAAGAUCUGGACAAACCGAUUCAUCGCUCGAUGUUGGAUACCAUUUACACUAUACCGGAAGAUAUCAGGCCGAAAAUGGCAAGUUACAGGCUCGAAAUAAUAUUUUGGGGAGUGAGAGAUAUGAAAAAGCUGUAUUACAUGCCCGUGAUGAAUCCUCGGAUUAUCAUAGAGUGCGCCGGUGUUGACGUCAAGUCGGAAGUAAUGAGAAACGCGAAAAAAUUCAGCAACUUCAAGGAUCCUCACGUAAUCACUGAAUUGGAUAUGCCAGAGCUCGAAAUCUAUUAUCCAAGCGUGGUAAUAAAAGCGUUCGACUCGCGAGGACUCGGUUGCUUCAAGUACGUUGGAAUUUGCAUCAUACCGAGUAUCAACAUAUUUCUGGAGCAGUUAAUAACCGAGGAUGAUUACGAGGAGCAGAUAUACGGGACAAAAAAGAUCUUCAAACCUUUGAAACCUUUCGUGGAAAAACCUGAAACCGUUCUGCCGCUGCCGAUCGAUUUCGAUCCGAAAAAAGAAGACGAGAAGAAGAAAUUAAUUCCUUACAAGAAGAUGGGCAGAAUCUCGUGGAUCAAGAAGAUUUUUCGCUGUUUGAAAUAUUUCUUCACUUAUGUGAUCCACGUAAAAAGGAAAAAGCGAAAAAAAGAGUUUCUCACGAGCGACGACGACGAGUCGCUAGAUUGGUGGACCAAAUACUUCGCUUCCCUAGAGGAGGAAAGAAGAAGGGAGCUGAACGGUAUUCCUCCACCACCCGAACAGAAGAUCACAGCUACGUUCAAGGUAUACGACGGAGAACUGGAGAUGCAGCCGCAAUUCUCCGGCUUCCAGGAUCGUCUGAGAACGUUCGAGCUGUGGAAGGGGCGCAAAAGCGAGGAUCCCGACUACGACAGCGAGAAUUACGUUGGAAAAUUCAAGGGGCGUAUUUGCGUGUAUCGCUGGCCGCACCCAAGCAACUUGCCUUGCAAAACGAGAAGCGGGAGAAGCGCGAGUGACGGCCUGUGCGACGAUUAUCCGCAUUCGGAGUCUAUCAAACUCGUGGUUAGACUUUACGUGGUGAAAGGCAUCAACCUGCAGCCUCAGGAUCCCCUAACCGGAAAGUCUGAUCCGUAUAUCUGUAUCCGGCUUGGUAAAACGUAUAUCAGCGACCAAAAGAAUUACAUACCGAACCAGCUAAAUCCAACUUUUGGACGGUUUUUCGAGAUAGAGGCAGUUUUCCCUCGCGAUUGCACGAUGAUCGUGCAAGUAUGGGAUUACGACGCGACCACUGCCGACGAUCUGAUAGGGGAGACGAAAAUCGACAUCGAGAGUCGAUUCUACAGCAAACACCGUGCCACGUGCGGUAUAUCCAAGUUAUACGCGUCCGAGGGUUACAAUGAGUGGAGGGAUCGCGAGAAACCGACCCAGAUACUCGAACAGCUCUGCAAGAGGAACAAUCUUCCGUUGCCCGAGUACAGGAACCGUUAUGUGAAAAUCGGACGGAAAAAGUUCCCCUUCGACGAAACCGAGCAUCCGGAAUCCGAAUUGAAUGAAUGUAUGGCGUUGAGCGUGCUCCAUCAGUGGCAAGACUUCCCCAUUUGCGGCUGCUACCUGGUUCCGGAACACGUGGAGAGACGGCCGCUUUUUAAUAUAGGAAGACCCGGGUUGGAGCAGGGUAGAUUGGAAAUGUGGAUCGACAUGUUUCAAGUAGGCGAAGUUCCUCUGAAGCCGCCGGUCGACAUCAGCCCGCCCGUGCCCGAGGAAUACGAAAUUCGCGUGAUCGUUUGGAACACGGAAGAUAUACCUCUCGUGGACAGUCAAUUUAUUACGGGUGAAAAGUGCUCCGAUAUUUACGUUAAAGGCUGGAUCACUUACGACGAUUACCAGAAGACCGACAUCCAUUACAAUUCUUUAAACGGCGAAGGGAAUUUCAAUUGGCGAUUCGUGUUUCGUGUGAUGUAUUGCAAGAGCGAGCGCGUUAUAAUUGUCCCGAAAAAGAUAUCCAUCUUUUCGUUGACCGACACCGAGGAAAAAUUGCCGUGCAUAUUGUACCUGCAAGUUUGGGACAGCGAUCAUUUCUCUCCAGACGAUUUUCUCGGAGCGCUGACCUUGGAUCUGUCCGCAAUGCCACGAGGAAGUCCGAAUUCGAAAAAUUGUACUUUGAAACUACUCAACCCGAAUCUGCCCACGAUUAAUUUGUUUAAAGUAACUCGAGUCAAAGCUUGGUGGCCGUUCAAGCAAAGCAUGAACGCUGGCCGUUACAUUCAAGCGGGUAAAAUCGAAAUGGAAAUAUCGAUAUUGAAAGCGGAGGAGGCCGACGAGAAUCCCGCGGGCAGAGGAAGAGAGCCGCCUCAAGAACUUCCACCACCAGACCGGCCGGAGACUUCCUUCUCCUGGUUCCUGAAUCCGUGGAAAGCGUUUCGCUACGUGGUCUGCCGCUAUUAUAGAUGGAGGAUAAUAUGCUGCAUCGUGUGUUUGCUGUUGCUAGCGUUGGGCGGUUGCGCGAUUUACGCCUUCCCUGGCUACAUGGUGAAACGUCUUCUCGGCGCUUGA